GUUUUUGUUUUAACAAAAUUACGAUCUUGUCGCAGCAAUUCUACUUUAAAAAAAUCUGUUUAACUCUGUGAUUUAAAAGUAAAUCUGAUAAAAUGAGUGCUAAGAACUCGGCCUUAGCAUCACUGACAGCCACUUACACGGAUUCGGAAAAUGAAGACGAUCACAAGUCUGAAAAUGGAUCGAUUGCUUCGGAUGAUGAAAGCUCUUCCUCACAGAAUCGUGUCCGUUCUAGACAGCAGACACCGUUGCAUGAUAUGUCGGAAUCUUCUGUUACACCACCAGUGACAAACAUAAGUGCAUCUAAGUCAGCAGUUCCCACUACGACAGCUAGCGGAUCUAAUGAAUCUUCUUCAUCCCGACAGAAGGCAUUGCGGUUGGUCAGUUAUUUCGACGAUACGGUAGUAUCUGACGAUGAAAAUGUUUCACCUCAUCGUGAGCAGGAACAUAUGGAUAUAUCAGAGGACGAGACUCCAGCAUUAGCCGAGUCAUCUGCUUCGUCUACUAAGGUUGACCGAGCCAAGAUGUACGGUUUUAGUUUGCCACCGGAACCUAAGGGAAAGUGCUCAUUAGAGCUGCAGGAAAAGAUUUCAAAUCUCUAUGAGAAGAUGCGUAAUUCAAACAUGGAUACCAAUAAGAUCAUUCAAGAGCGCAAAGAGUUCCGCAAUCCUAGUAUAUAUGAGAAAUUGAUUCAAUUCUGCGAUAUUAACGAACUGGGGACAAACUAUCCGCCAGAGAUUUUCGAUCCAUCACAAUGGGGAAAAGAAUCUUACUAUGAAGAGCUGGCCAAGGCACAAAAAGUAGAAAUGGAAAAGAUGGAAAAGGCUAGGAAGGAGAGUGCGAAAACGGAAAUUCAGGUUGGUGUCAAAAAGAUGGAACCGGAUGAUUCGAAAAAGCGCAAAUCAAAAUGGGACCAACCGGGAGUGCUAGGUGCUGCACCAGGAGCGAUUGGAACUGCCGGAGCUAUCAAAACUGCUGGAAUUAUUGCCCAGACGCUGACAACUACAGCUACUGGUACAAAAGGCACCGUCAUAUCAGCUUUUGGUUCUCUUCCCAAGAAACCCAAAGUGUAAAUUUUUAUGGUAAGCUAUACUUAAUUUUAUCGUUUCUGUACAAUAAAUAAGUAGUUUAAGAGA